CAGCGGCAGCAGCGAGUGUCACGCGCCGAACAAGAGAGAUCUAGAACCGGAAGAAAACAAGCGAUGCUUCAUAUUGUUGAUCUGUGAAUGAGGAAGAUGGAAGAUUUAAUAUCAAUAAUCCGCGUUAAACUUCUGAUCACCGCUUUACUUUACACAUGCGUGUGCUCCAGCUCAGUGGAACAGAAGAUCUAUGUUGAGCUGAAUGAGACGGUUCCGUGUGUCCGGCUGCUGAACGCCACGCAUCAGAUCGGCUGCCAGUCCUCUAUGUCAGGAGAUACAGGAGUCCUCCAUGUGCUGGAGACACAAUCAGAUCUGGACUGGAUCCUCAGCUCAGGACCGCAUCCUCCGUACAUGGUGAUCAUGAACACGGACACCUCCAACAUCAACCAUGAACACCGUGUGUCGGUCAUGAUGAGGAUGAAGAACUCAUCCAGAGUGUCUGGAGUCGCUGUGAUCGUUUCAAAAACAGGCCUUGCUCAGAAUUUCUCACCUCACACGACCUGCCCCAACCAGAACACAGGUGUGUAUAGUGAGAGUUACGGCUCUGAGCUGGCGAACUGUAACGUGACCGUGUGGAAUCCUCUCGGGAACGGACUGUCUUAUGAAGACUUCUCAUUCCCUGUGUUUGCUCUGAAAGAUGAGAAUCAGACUCAGGUCAUCCGUAAGUGUUAUGAGGAUCAUAACCAGCGUGUGAACGGAAGCGCUCCUCAGUAUCCGCUGUGUGCCAUGCAGCUCUUCUCACACAUGCAUGCUGUGACCGACACCGUGACCUGCAUGAGACGCACAGACCUGCAGAACCGAUUCAGUAUCAACCCAGAAGUCCUGUGUGACCCGUUGAGUGAUUUUAAUGUGUGGACAUCCACCCGACCCCUCAACAGCAGCGCCAAGGGCCACGCGGCCAACGAGAGCGUCGUCAUCGCAGCCGCGCGGCUCGACGGAAGGUCGUUUUUCUGGGAGCAGGCUCCGGCCGCCGAAGGAACCGUAUCUGGAAUCAUCACCCUAUUGGCUGCAAUUCAAGCCCUCUAUCCUGUCACUCAGGAAGCUCCGCCCCCUCGCAAUAUCUUCUUCACCUUCUUCCAAGGGGAAGCCUUUGACUACAUUGGCAGCUCAAAAAUGGUGUAUGACAUGGAAAAAAAUGAUUUUGUUAUUGACUUGAAAAAUGUGCACUCCAUUCUGGAAAUUGGGCAGGUCGGCCUGCACAGUGGGCGGAGCCUCUGGAUGCACUCUGACCCCGUAUCCCGCAAGAACGACAGUGUGAAUGAGGCGCGUAGCUCCGGCUGCACGCCGGCUGCUGAUGUUCCUGUGGAUGAGAAGGUGAGGGGGCUUCAGGCCUGUUCAUGCGGCGGUGUUUUCUGGGGGGGAACACAGAACCUGUCGUGGGCUUUCCUCCGGGUUUUGGGCAAAGAUGGGGACUGCCCUUCUGUGGAGGUGGACGUGGUCAUACAGGCUGCUGAGAUUCAGUGUGGGGUGCUGAACCAGUGUACGUUGGGCUUUAGGGCACAGUCUCUGGAUACUCUAGCAUUUAUAUGCCUGAUGGUGUCCUGGUGGAAGUCCGAACGCAAUAGCAGGGUGGAGAGGAUGAUUUUGGAGUUGGGGAAGUUGGAGGAUGCCUUCUCAGAGUCUGCUGGAGAGUCUCUGAGCUCGCUGAAGAAGGAGUCUCCUCUGAGCUCUGCUGUUCUCCUCUCUGUGUCGCCUGCUUCUCCACAGCUGACCGUUCAUUUCUAUUUCUUUCCUGUACUCCGCUUCUUUCUCCCUGUUGGAUCAGUCUCCUUCACCACUCUAUGCAUGUCCUCUCUCAGCUGCACCAUCUCCAGCUCCAUCUCCCUGAACCUUCUCCUUCAUGUCACUGAUGAUGCUGUGUGUCGGAGAUGUAAUCACAGAAUGGAGUCUGCUGCUGCUGGUCUGAGUGUCUCGGUGGGUUCACCCGUCGUCCUCUCAGCACGCUCCCCACCUCGUCUUUCUCCAGCGGCUUCCUGCGAGCCGGACUCAUCCCAGGCUACUCACGUGCUGGCAGACCAUCAGAAAUCCUUCAGCAACAGUUUCUGUCUCUCUCAGGUCGCUCAGUUGCUGUACGGUUUUCUAGUUCAGAAGAAUAACAGCUGGUUUCGGUCGCUGCUGCCUCCUGAAGUCUCUAAGAAAGGAGUCAACAGCAUCCUGAGUCCUGGUCCUCCUCAGUUCUACAUCGGUCUCGGUCCUCGCGUCCACGGCCCCGCUCACAGCGUCACGCGCUUCGUUCAGUACAUCCUACAGUCCAUGUCCUGGCCAAUCUGA